GCAGGCUGCCCCAGGCACACACAGUCACACAUGCGCGCUGAGGCCGCACGGUGGCCCAUUCCACUGUCAGCUACGCUUGACUUCAGACCUCCGUGCGUCGCCUAGAGCUAGAACAGGAGACAGCCGUUCUCGGACCACCUUGGAGAGCCGAGCUACGCCGGGUCGCGCCGCCACAAGCUUGGAUUACGUCCGUACAAACGUCGUAACCCCGUCGUGAGGAACCCGUGAGGAGUUCGCAGCGGAUCGCGCGACUGCCUGUCUGCCUGGGCCUGUACGGAAGGAUUUGAAUACUGCCGCCUAGCUCGGAUCGGGAGCAGCCCGCGUGUGCGAGCACGCCACAGUUCUGUAUGUUGCCCUCCUGAGAGAGUGAGAGAGAGAGGGAAAAAGUGGACACAGUUACGGGUGAUUGACGUGUUUUGUGUUUAUGGCCGCGGAGAAUGGUCUCGUUCCCACCGAACAUCUUCGCGUCACGAGCAGAGGCGUUACGUCCGAGUCGAGUUACGAAUUAAAGCCGAUUGUUUGGAGCUCGCUACUAUUAAUCUGAGCCGGGGAGUCGCGGAACAAUUGGCAGGGACACUGGCGUCCCCCCAAGUUUGCAGAGUACGAGCUGGGAGCCAGCUGACCUGCUACAUGCGGUAGGGACCCCGGCAGCGAGGGACGCGGGCUCUGGGGCGGUCUAUCCGGGACAGCGGAGAUAGCGCUAUGCCUACCCUCAAUGUCAUCUUGGUGUUCCUGUUAUACGCGCUCGUCUCGACUUGUUCUGCUACAGCAAACCAGUGGCUGCGCGUCGCGGCCUCGGCGGUCAGCGUGAGGACGGAGGACGCCUGCGAGAAGCUGCACGGGCUCAUCAGCCGACAGGUCCAGAUAUGCAAGCGCAACGUGGAAGUGAUGGACAGUGUAAAGGAAGGGGCUCGCAUGUCCAUAGAGGAGUGUCAAUUCCAGUUCCGCCACCGCCGCUGGAACUGCAGCACGCUUAUCAACAGACGAGGCCCUGUGUUCGGAAAGGUCCUGGAAGAGGGUACGCGGGAAGCGGCGUUCGUGCACUCCAUCUCGGCGGCGGGCGUGGCUCACGCCGUUACCCGGGCCUGCAGCAGCGGCGAGCUGGAGCGGUGCGGCUGCGACCGGACCGUCCGCGGGACCAGCGCCGAGGGCUUCCAGUGGGCAGGCUGCUCGGACAACGUCGCGUUCGGCGCCGCCUUCUCCCAGACCUUCGUGGACGCGCGGGAGAGGGGCAGGGCCGCCGCGACCUCCAGUCGAGCCCUCAUGAACCUGCAUAACAAUGAAGCCGGAAGAAGGAACCUUGUGGACCACAUGAAGACGGAGUGUAAGUGUCACGGCGUGUCGGGAAGCUGCGAGCUGAAGACGUGCUGGCGAGCCAUGCCGCCCUUCCGAGAAGUCGGCGCGAGGCUCAAGGAGAAAUUCGACGGCGCCACGGAGGUGCAACAGAAAAAGAUCGGCAGUCGGAGAGAGCUCGUGCCGCUUAAUUCUGACUUCAAGCCGCACUCGAGCUCGGACCUGGUGUAUUUGGACGCCUCCCCAGACUUUUGCGUGCGGGACACCAAGGUGGGGUCGAUGGGGACGGUCGGGAGGGUGUGCAACAAGACUUCCAAGGCCAUCGAUGGCUGCGAACUGCUGUGCUGCGGGAGAGGGUACAACACCCACACGCGGGAGGUGGUGGAGAGAUGUAGUUGCAAGUUCCACUGGUGUUGCUACGUCAGGUGCAAAACGUGUCGAAGGACAGUGGAGGUGCACACGUGCAAGUGAUGAACCUUCUUCAGUGCGCAGACUCGGUGCUGGUAACAUCCGGGUGUUUCCAAUAUGGCUGUCGUCACGUGACCUGGGUGUGUCCAACAUGGCUGCCAUUGCGUGCAGGAGGAACUGGUACGAGACCGAAGCUACAGGUCCCGAUAUUGUGCAAAUUACGUAUGUAAAUAGAUAACCUGGCACUUCGCAAGAUUGCGAUGUUCACCUUUUGUUUAGUAACAGAGAUUUAUUUGUGGAAAAUAAAGGCUUCCGCCAAGCCCCAAGUCGGACUGGUGACAGAGACACCUGCUGAAGGAAACAUCUCUGAAGAAGACCACAUCUUCGCAAUGUUUGUGUCUGUAAAUUUGUUGUCGAAAUAACGUUAGAACUACAACAUAUCGCACCUUACUGCUUAUAUUUUUAUAUUGGGAACCAAGCCUAAAAGAAUAUCCUAACUUAUUUGUUCAUGUAGAUGUUUUAACCUUGGUAAUGAAUAUGCCGCAAGUUGUGUUCUAUAUGUUCGCCAGUGUAGCUAAGGUAAAUUUCGAGGAUAUGUAGUUUGUUGAAACCCGUCAGGUUUACGGGAUGUGUGUUCGAAGUAUCGCCUCGAUGCCGUUUGCAGAACCUGCAAAACGACGUAAAGAAGAGUAAGGAAUGUACAUUUUGUAAACAUAUAGGCCGAGCUGGCCGCCUGAAAGAUUGUUCGAGAAUAUAGGAGACGUAAUUAGUAGAUUGUGCUUAAUUAAGAAGAGAGGAAAUAGAGUCGUGUGUGGAAGCUGACACAUUCAUUGGUAAGGUCGUUACUAGGAAAGUUCUGAGUAAGAAGCUACCUCUCUGUCUUCUUUAAGGAAAGUUUGGCGUGAAUUUUCCAUAUACUGGUGUAUAAAUUCUUCUAGACGUUAUAUGACAUCUCAAUCUAUUCGGCAUGACUACUGUACUGUAUCUACACCCCUAAGUAUGCUGCCCGGUGGAAAGUCAAUUAUUAUUUCAAAGCGGUACAAGGGCAGUCUUUCUAACUGUUACCUGAUGUAUAUUUUUAUUCUCUACAAUUGAAUGGCACUUCUCUAUAACGUUCCUCUCAACACAGAGUCUCAAAAUUUCGCAUCGCUUCCCUUUACUGAAAUUAAUUUAUUCAAAUCGAAUUAUUUCAUUUAAUAAACGCCACUAGCUAUUGUGCAGUUAAGAUUUUAAAACGUAGUAGAAUAGAUAUAGUCGGCUCGGACAUGAUAUUCAUUGUCAAUAAGGAAAACAACUAGACCGUCAACUGUGAUGUUGUUCUAUCUCGUCAUAUAUGAAUAUAUAAAUAUACAUAAAUAUAUAUAUAUGCCAUGUUACAGCGCCCAGAUUGUAAAAGUAAAACGUUUCUU